GCUCUCAAGUCUCACAUAAAUAAAAAAUAAAAAUAAAAAAGUCUCACCGGGUUGCAUACUGUCCGGACAUGGCGUCUCUCAUCUCUUCUUGUUUACCGUCAACUUCGUACGUUUCGCUUGAUGAUUCGUUGUUGUCUGGCGUCAUAUUCCCAAAAAGGUAUGGUAGAGGCUCAUGCAAUUAUGGAAGUAUUAGAUACUGUACGAUCAAGUGCCGAAUUGCCAGGGCAAAAGAGUCUUCUCCUUCAAAACCAGCUACAUUGGCAAAGGAACCUCACAAGUAUUUUGAUCAGGUUAUAAUAACAGUUCGUUCAGGAGAUGGAGGCCACGGUGCAGUCCUUAGUAUGCCCAACCAUAGAGGUGGUAAGGCACAAGGCAAACAAAGCAAAGAGAGUAAGAGGAAGAAAAGCUUGUAUAAAAGGGAUUUUGAUGGAUCGCUUAUCCUUCCUAUGGGUGGGCAUGGAGGAGAUGUAGUCAUUUAUGCAGAUGAAGGAAAAGAUACAUUAUUGGAAUUUCAUACCAAAAGCCGAUAUAAUGCAAAGCGGGGUGGAAAUGUUGAUGCAAUGGGUGUCUUGACCUCGCAAUUGCAUGAUGGACUUGCUGCACCAACUCUUCGCAUUCCUGUGCCUAUAGGUACAGUAGUGAAACAUAAACGAGGCAAGUUGUUGGGUGAUCUAGCUAAUGCGGGUGAUGAAAUCCUUGUUGCAAGGGGUGGACAAGGAGGGAUUAGCCUGGUAGAAACUCCAGAGCGUGGAAGGAAGAAGUUGAUGUCUUUGACCACUAAUGUGAUGAGAGAUGAUAGUGAUAAGGUUUUAGCUCUUGGUCAACCUGGAGAGGAGGUUAGUUUGGAGUUGAUUCUGCGUGUUGUUGCUGAUGUUGGUUUGGUUGGUCUCCCAAAUGCUGGCAAAUCAACCCUUUUGGCAGCCAUCACACUUGCAAAACCUGAUAUUGCUGAUUAUCCCUUUACAACAUUAAUGCCGAAUCUUGGACGCAUUGAUGGUGAUCCAAGCUUAGGUGCAGAGAUGUAUUCGUCUGAAGCAACGUUGGCAGAUUUACCUGGACUUAUAGAAGGUGCUCAUCUUGGGAAGGGUCUCGGUCGCAAUUUCUUGAGGCACUUGAGGAGAACUAGGAUGUUGGUUCAUGUUGUUGAUGCAGCAGCUGAGAACCCUGUUAAUGACUACUUAACAGUGAAAGAAGAAUUGCGAAUGUAUAAUCCUGAUUAUCUCAAACGACCAUAUGUUGUCGUGUUGAACAAAAUUGACCUUCCUAAGGCGAAAGAUAGGAUUCCAUCUUUAAUUGAAGAAAUAUCAAGAAUUGGAAGUGAUAGGGCACUUUCUAACGCAGAAACAGGCUCGGACAAUGCAGUUAAACAAAGGUCUUCGGAAGAUGGAAAUACAGAUAUUUCUUCUUCUGGUGUUCUUAAUAAAGACAGAAAGGAUAAACAAAUUGAGGACUAUCCGCGGCCACAUGCUGUUGUUGGAGUCAGUGUUCUGAAAGACAUGAGAGUAAAAGAGAUGUUGAAGGAGAUAAGGGCAACUCUGAGGAAGUGCAGAGAUUCCAGCGAGACGUUGGAAUCAUGAGGUCAAGAGGAUUGGAAGGCCACUAAGGAAAGCCCUUUGCCUAAGUCCUCUCAUAAAGGAGGCCCAAUUUUAAAAUGAUAUGUCAAAUAUGUUUUGUUUAUCAUAUAAAUAUGUAUUUCUAUUUUGUUUUUUUUUUUUGAAAAUUACUUCAUAAAUAUCAUUUUGAAGAAAAAGAAAAGAAAAGAGAAGAAUACAUUUUAAUUAAAUAGUCUACGUUAGUUUAAAAAACGAACUGGGGAUGAUUAAGAUGUAUUUUAGAAAUACGAUACUUGCAAAUAGUCUUUUAAAAACUAAUUAUCUGAAAUCCAAAAUUUUCGCACUGA